CUCCCUUAGUGACACAAGAAUGCCCUAUAUUGGGCACGGUGAAACCUCACCGGUUUUCUCUGUGAAACGUCUUUGCCUUCUUCCUCAUUACGAGUGUGGAUUGUACCUGCUACACCGCGAAGAUGCGGCUCUAAAGAAUUCAUCGUGCCUACGCGAGGGAACAGCAUGUGAAAUGGCGGCGUGCGCUUGUGACAGAUCGGCGGCUGAAUGCUUUGCCCGCCAUCCUUGGAAUCCUAAGCACAAGCGGUAUUCCUUCUGGGACAUCCUUGCCUGAUCUCGUAACCGGCGCUCUUCUUUGCACAUAUCGGAAAGACUCGCACCCGGAGAGGAAUUUGUAAUAGCACAUAAAAUAUAAAUAACCCAGUCUUAUUGGCACA